AUGACCACCAGAAUGCAGCCCAUGCCUUGGGCGCCAAUGUGCCGUGUUCUCACCGCCGACGUCGUCGAUCAAGCAUCUCGCCACAUCGACAACCUCUGCAACCUCAGCGAGGAGCACCUGGUUCUGCUUUGGCAGCAGAUGCCGACAUCACCCAUCGCCGACCUCGUCGACGACCCCGCCACCACCGCUGCUUCUGUUGAUGCAAAUGUCCACCACGCGCAGAUGUCAGGUGGCCUCGGCCGUGGAACUCAAGAUCGGCGAGAAGAGCAUGGUGCUGCCGUGGGUGGCGACCCCCUCACCGUCCACGUAGAUGCCUAG